GCUCGCGUGAGAAUAUUAGUUAAAACAUAUUGUCUGUUGACCGACUUAUUGGGCGAAUUGGUUUUGAUCAAAUCAUGAUAGAUUUGGAAGAACGUCCUCCAGUUUUGAGAUGGUUCAGAUCUAUUGAGAACCAGCAGAGGCAGUAACGAGGCAAAUUUUCAGUCGAGACUAUCUUCAAUCCAUGUUCUUUCUCCAUCAUAGACAAUGAAGGCUACAAAUGAAAGGCAGAUGUCCAAGGUCGAAGACAAAACGUUGUUCACUCCUUUUCGUGAAGCGCUUCAAAGAUCGCCCAAAAACAUAGGGCAUUCAAAGGGCUCUUAGUCUUUAGACACACUUCGUCUUCGGGGGAUCUUCAGGUACCUUUCAUUUUUUAGUGAUCUUCGUUUCAUCUUUGGCCUUUGUCGUUUGUGGCAGAGAAAGAAGAUGGGCUGAAAACAGUCUUGCCAGAGAGAGGUUGCCAGAAAAGGAAGAAAAAAAUGAAACUGUAAGGGGGAAAAUGAUGUUAAAUACAGCAGCGAAUGCCUUAGCUGUAGCCAGUAAGCCAUUCGUACAAUUCGCUGGGACAGUCAACAAUCUGAUUAGGAAACAAGUUUAUGUGAAAAAUUUGACAAAGAAUUAUGACAGACUUAAUGAGCUAUAUGUAAAACUGUGCGAGCUAGAGAAAGAUAUGAUAAGUAGACCGGAUAUAUACGAAGCAGAAGAAGAUGUGACAGAGGAAACCAAUUUAUGGCUGAAAAAAGUGGAAAAGAUGAGAGUUGAGGUCGCAGCAUUGCAGAUUGAGUAUCAAAAUCGGCCUUCCAGACCUAGACAAUAUUAUGAUCUCAAGAAACUUGGUAAAAUAAUUGCGGAAAUAACAGAGGAGAUAGUUUAUCUGACGGAAGUCUUUAAAAACAUAUCUAGAAUUAUGAUUGUGAAGUCGACUGCUGUACAUACAAGCAAUCUGACCAACAAAAUUAUUGAAUUCCCAUCCGUUGAAGAAAAUGUCAAAAAGCUACAAGAGCAUCUGAGAAAAGAAAACAUCAAAACGAUUGGUGUAGGGGGACCAAGAGGAGUUGGGAAAAGUAUGAUAAUGAAUCAUCUGCAGCAAGAAAUUGAGAAAUCUAAUCUCUUUGACAUUGUGUUUUUGAUAAAGGUGGGCAGGGAAGGCGAUGAAAGAUACAUACAACAAGAACUUCUGAAGCAGCUCAAAGAAAAGCCGGAAGAACUCAGUGAUGAAGGAAAAAAGAACAAGAUUUAUGAAAAGCUUAGUAACUACCAGAAGUACUUAUUGUUGCUUGAUGACGUUUUUUCAUAUAUUGAUUUGGAAAAGGUCGGCAUUAAUGAUGAACAUAAUGGAAAGGUGGUCACUGCAUCAAGUAAUGAACAAGUUUUUAUUGGUAUGAAUGAAGUGAUAGAAGUGAAUACAUUGUCAGACAUCUGGACAGUUCUAGCACAGCACUUGCCAUAUUCUUGGAAUAAAGAUCCUUUGGUUAAUCUGCAAGGGCUUGGACAUGAAAAGGGUUUGGGACAUAUGGCUCUGGAAUCUGUGGCAGUUACUUCAACUUCCGGAAGUAAAGAUGACACGGUUUCUGCUAUAUCAAGUCAAUUUGAGGCAAUUGCUUCAACUUCCGGAAGUAAAGCUGACACGGUUUCUGCUAUAUCGGGUCACUUUGAGGAUCAAAGUAAGAGUAUGCAAGUUGCAAAUAUAUCUCCGGUACCGGAAGAUGUGGCAAUGAUUUCAACAUUGGGAAGAAAAGAUGAGUUGACUUCUGCUCUACCAGGUCACUUUGAGGUUCAGGUGGUAAGAUCUGCAGAUAAAACAUCUUUAACGGCUGGCUAUCAGCUUCCUGCAUCAAGCUCGGAGAUUGUGGAAGCUGUAGUGAUGGAUUCAACUACAGGAAGUAAAGAUGAGACAACUUCUGUUGAGUCAGGCCAUACUGGGGUUCAGAGCGAGGGAUUACAAGCUGCAAAUGCACCGCUUAACAUUAAUGAGCCUAAAGUUCAGUUUCCUCCACAAACAGUUACACUUGUCCAUGAAGAAGAUUUAUAUGCCAAGAAAUCAGGAUUGCAGAAAUCAGGUUCAUAUACCAUGAAAUCAGGAUUGCAGAAAUCAGGUUUAUAUGCCAUGAAAUCAGAAUUGAUGAAAUCAGGUUUAUAUGCCAUGAAAUCAGGAUCACGGGCUAUUUUUUCUAUGAAAAUAGAUAAAAUUCCGACUGAAGAUCAACUAUUGCAGAAAUCAGGUUUAUAUGCCAAGAAAUCAAUUAAGACAACCGUGCAGAAGAUUUUCAGCCACAUGAAUAAUGCUAGAGCUGCAAAAGUUGUUGUUCUUGGACCUGGUGGUGUUGGAAAGACUACAGUGCUGAAAGCCUUAAUCAAUCAUCCCAACACAAAACUUAUGUUUGAUCAGAUUAUUUUUGUGACUGUCUCAAAGUAUAGGAGCACAGCAAAGAUCCAAAACCAAGUUUUAAGACAGUUAUUAUUGUCUCGUGAAUAUUCUGAAAGCGAUUCUCAAGUUGCAGGAAGAUUAUUAAAGGUUCUGAAAGGGAAAAACUUUUUGUUAAUUCUGGAUGAUCUUUGGGAGCAGAUAGAUUUGGGGGCUGUGGGUAUUCCCAAUCCCAAUUCAGAAAAUCGCUGCAGGAUAAUAAUGGCAUUCAGAAAACUUGACACUGUUCAUGACAAGAAUGAGUUUAAGGUGGUUGAAGUAAAACCUCUCUCUGAGAAGGAAGCUAGAGAACUAUUUUAUGAACAGAGUAGAAUAAUUCGAACCUCAGAUAUCCAGUACUUUGCUGAAACCGUAGUUAAGGGCUGUGGUGGUCUGCCCCUGCUGAUUAUUGUUAGUGGAAGGGCCCUAGCAGAGGAGAAUAAUGUUUCAAAGUGGAGGGAUGCAUCAAUUAAAUUCUCACCGUCUAGAACCGCCCAGGGUUGUCAAACUGAAGAUGUCAUCCAACGAUUGAAAUUCAGCUUUGACCAACUAAAGGAGCAUGAUGUGAAGAGUUGUUUCCUUCAUUUUGCUUUGUUUCCAGACGAUCAAGAGGUUAAUAUUUAUAAAUUCAUAGAAUAUUGCAUCAAAGAAGGUUUAAUUACUGGUGCUCAAGCAGAUGUGAGAAAAAGGGGUCGUGAUAUUGUUGAUGUUCUAGUACGUGCUUCUCUGUUACAAGUUACACAAGGUGGAAAAUCCAUUAAAAUGCAUGAUUUAAUCAGAGAUUUAGCAUUGGGGAUUUUAUCUUCACUGCCAAAAGAUAGUCAGUUUCCCUUUUUGAGUGCUUAUUCAAGAUCAAUGGAACAUUUCAAUCCAGGAAGUAGUUCACCAUCCACAUCAUUGUGCAUACCUGAAGGUACUCAAUUCUUGUUGAAAGCUGGAGCAGGUCUUACAGAACCACCAUCAGAGGAAGAGUGGAAACAUGCUAAAAUGGUGUUUUUGAGUGACAAUGAGUUAUGCGCUCUGCCUGAGGAACCAAAUUGUCCUGAACUUUUGAGAUUGUUCCUACAAAGAAACGGUUUGCUGAGGGUGAUACCGCCAUCCUUUUUUAACUACAUGGCUUCUCUUGAAGUGUUGAAUCUAUCUGAAACUAGAAUACAGUCCUUGCCAGAGACAGUUGCCAAGCUAGAAAAGCUCCUAAUCCUCAUCCUACGUGAUUGUAAGUGUCUAUUUAUGCUUCCCCCUGAAGUUGGAUCUCUUACUCGUCUUGAGGUGCUUGAUCUCCGAGGCACUCAAAUUUACAAAUUACCUGAUACAAUUGGUGAAUUGAAGUUCUUACAACAUUUGGAAGUGUCAUUUUAUGGGUCUAUCGAUGAUGAAGAGUAUGUUAUAUUGCCACACCAUUUGAUUUCGUGUGGCAUUAUAUCAAAGUUGUGCAAUUUGAAGACUCUGAGCAUUGUUUUGUAUCCAGGAGAUGCACGGUGGUAUGAGGAUGUGAAAUACAUCAAAACUGAGGUUAGCAAGUUGAAAUGGUUGACUUCUCUUACCUUUCAUUUCCCAGAUACUGAACAUGUCCAAGAAUUCCUGAGAGAAAGCGACCCAUGGAAAAAUAAUCUGUUAAUGGAGUUCAAAUUCGUCAUUGGUCAUGAUGUCAAGGACAUUUCCUCUCCGGUUCCAUAUUACAUGGAAUUUGAUUAUAAUCAACAGCCCCGGCGUUUGAGAUUUGUAAAUGGUGAGAAGAAACCUGAGGAAGUUCUACAAAUAUUAGCUCGUAGUACUGCUUUCUAUUUAGAUAAUCAUCUUAACAUUGAGAGCCUUUCCAACUUUGGGGUUGGUUAUAUGAAUGAGUUGAAGUUUUGUAUUUUAUCUGAAUGCCCCAAGAUUAAAACAGUUGUUCAUGUGGAGGAAGUGGAGGAUGCUGUAUUUCCUCUCCUAGAGACCAUAAGUAUUCAUCGUUUGUGGAAUUUAACAAGUAUUUGGGAGGGGAUUCUACCAGAAGGAAGUUUUGCCCGGUUAAGAAUUUUGUCACUGAAUGGAUGCCCGAAGUUGGUGUACGUCUUUACAAGCUCAACGAUUCAACAUCUUUGUAAAUUAGAGGAAAUUGUUAUAGAAGAUUGUCGAGACAUUGAACAAAUCAUAGUUGAGGAGGAGACAAUACAUUCUGAGUCAGUUGCACUUCCCAGUUUGAAGAAGUUAACACUUAACUGUCUGCCAGGAUUGGUAAACAUAUGGAGAGGUCCUUGGCCGCUACUGGAACAUAUCAGCUUCUACUGUUGUCCAAACUUGAAGAAGAUUGGUAUUGAUUCUAGGUUCAAAGAUGUGAUAAUAAAGGCAGAGAAGAGUUGGUGGGAUGCAUUAGAGUGGGAAAGUGAUGAAUUGCGCUUGCAUAUCGAAAACUCUUCCACCAUUAUUUAUCAUGAUCUCCCGUAAAUGACAUUGUUGGUAUAUUUGUUUUAGAGCCAUGUUGGUGUCCUCUUUAAUUGAUAUUGCAUACAAUACAAAUGAAAAAAAAUUGGAUUGUAAACAUGUAUAUUGGUUUUCAUAUCCCGCAGUUUAUGGACUUUCUUCUUUUUAUAUUUUGUUAGUUUUAUCUAUAUUUUCAAUGUAAUCUAGUGAUGUAUUAGAUUAUAAAUACCAAUGUACUUUAAUCCCACAGGGUAGUGGUUUUCAUCCAAGAAUAAUGUUAUAUGGUAUCAGAGCAAAAUUGAAUUUCUUGUC